GGCAAUCGACAUAGUUCCCAAGACCAAGAGAACCUGCGCAGAGAGUCGGACGACUCCCCGAGCCUUCGUUCAGGUGAAUGCCAUUGGGGCAACGUGCGUCGCAUUCUAAAAAAAACAACGCGAUACGCGUCUCGCUGUGCGUUUACUAUAUAGUACACAUAUGCCUGGAUUAUAGCAUUCCGUAUACGCGUAUGGUCUGGCACGAUAAACGAAAUAGCUAAGGAAUAUAUAUAAAAACAAAAUUUAUAUAUAAAUACACACAUCUAAAUUAUUUGUCGGCAAAAUGCUUACAAUUUGGCGAGUUUUAUUACUUUGUGUGCAUUUGUUGCAUUUUAAAACGAUAUUAGCCGAGGAUGUGCCAUCGAUAAGAACAACAACAACAACAACAACAAUAAAAACCACAACUGAAGGAGCGGCAGCAAUUAUUUUGGACUCAAAGGCUGUGGACUCAGCUGUAGCCGUCAAUGGAACAGUCAACCAGCAGCCUAAACUUGUACCCGAGGCUAACUCUUUGAGCAGUCACAGGCGUGAGCAGCGGCAGUUCUACUUUGAUCCCAAUAUGUUCUUGCUGCAAGCUGGCCUGGCGGGUGCGGGCGCCUGGGAGGGCGCCAGAUGCCUCACAUCAGGUGGACAAACGGGCGUAUGCGUGCGCAUCGCCAGCUGCCAGCAAUACUAUCGAGUGGUGCGUCAGUUUUCUUUUGUAGCCUAUCGGCAAUGGCCGCCAGCAGCGGUUAGGGGCACAGAUGUUUGCAACUUUUAUGAUGCUUUCGGACGUUUGAACAACGGCAUCUGUUGCACCAGCAUCGAUGCCAAUAGCUUUGGCGUAUUUCCGCUGCCCUCAACGACAACAACAACGACGACGACGACAAGCACUGAGCGACCAGCGCCAGCUGCAGAUGAAGAGGAUAAGGUUGAGGAAGCAGAGGAAGAGCAGAAUCCUGAAGCUGGUGCUGAGGAUGCGCCUAUGGAUAAUGUCAACAGUGUAGAGGAUAUGCCAGAUUUUCAGGAGGGCAACACUAUAGAAACUGCUGCACCACAGCCAGCUCCACCUGCGCCCGUACCCUCUCCCACGCCACCUACCACCUCUGUUUAUCCUUAUCAAUGGCCAUUUGGCAGCUUUGCAGGCGGUUUGCCGCAGUGGCCACCACCAAUACCCACGCAUCCUCCCUCUGUUGGCGGCUGGCCACCACCAAUACCCACGCAUCCACCCAAUCAUCAAUACCCCACGCAUCCCACCUCAAGGCCCAGCGGCACUACAGCUAGCUCUGGUGUAACAACGCGUCGUCCGCCCAGCAUACGUCCAACCACGCGUCCCAGCAGCACCACUCGGGACCCAGUUAUCCCAAGCUAUCCGUCGCCUACAACCACCACCAGCACCACCACGCGUCGUCCAGCGAGCGGCAUGAGUGCCGACGGAUUGCCGCUGCAGUGUGGCCAAAAGAAUCCAGUGUCACCGGAUCAGGAGCGCAUUGUGGGCGGCAUUAAUGCCAGUCCGCAUGAGUUUCCCUGGAUAGCUGUGCUAUUCAAGUCCGGCAAACAGUUCUGCGGCGGCAGCUUGAUUACCAACAGUCAUAUUCUCACCGCAGCUCAUUGUGUGGCACGCAUGACCUCCUGGGAUGUGGCUGCCUUGACUGCCCAUCUGGGCGACUACAACAUACGCACGGACUUUGAGGUGCAGCAUGUUUCGCGCCGCAUUAAGCGUUUGGUGCGGCACAAGGGCUUUGAGUUCAGCACCUUGCACAAUGAUAUUGCCAUACUCACGCUGAGCGAGCCCGUGCCCUUCUCCACUGAGAUUCAACCCAUUUGCCUGCCCACAUCGCCGUCGCAGCAGUCACGCUCGUAUAGCGGUCAGGUAGCCACCGUUGCCGGCUGGGGCAGUCUGCGUGAGAAUGGACCACAGCCGUCGAUACUACAAAAGGUGGACAUACCCAUUUGGGGCAAUGCUGAGUGCGCACACAAAUAUGGACGUGCGGCGCCCGGUGGCAUCAUAGAGUCCAUGAUUUGCGCUGGCCAAGCCGCCAAGGAUUCUUGCAGCGGUGACUCGGGUGGCCCCAUGAUUGUCAACGAGGGAAGUCGUUAUACUCAAGUGGGCAUUGUCUCCUGGGGCAUUGGCUGCGGUAAGGGUCAGUAUCCUGGUGUCUAUACGCGCGUCACUUCGCUGCUGCCCUGGAUAUACAAGAACAUAAAAUGAUUCUUCAGCAGUUGACAUUUAGUUUAAGUCGUGAUAUAUUGAGACAAGUGUAAUAAAUUGAAAUUAUAGU